GGCCAACACGCUGUUCGUGAUGCCAUCAAUUUUGGAGCGAAGAUCACGGGAUGCACAUCGCAUUUUGUGGAUGAGCGAGUCGACCACGGUGCUAUAAUUCUGCAGGAAGCUGUGAAAAUAGACGACGACGAUGAUGAAGAAACCCUACAUGAGAAAAUUCGCGAGAAAGAGCAUCAGGUUUUCCCUGAAGCGAUGCAACGAGUGGCAAAAAUGAUUCUCGCAUCCAAUGCACUUUGCGGCAGUUCCAUGCAUAAUGGGAAAUGA